CCCCGAGGAAGGAGGCGGGUAGGGGCGCUGUGCCCAUGCGCCGUGGUCUCCACUGCGGGGCUGGAAAGGCGACCGAGGCGGGCAUGAGGGGGCCGGGGCGGCUCUGGCAGGUGGGCCAAUAGUUGUGAUCUCUAACCCAUUCAUUGCGAGGACUGGCCAGUUUCCAAAGAGAAAAUGGCGUUCGUUUCGACUCAAGGGCCCACGGUGGUUGACCAAACCACGCUAAUGAAAAAAUACCUCCAGUUUGUGGCAGCUCUGACGGAUGUCAAUACACCGGACGAAACCAAGUUGAAGAUGAUGCAAGAAGUCAGUGAAAACUUUGAGAAUGUGACGUCAUCCCCUCAGUAUUCCACGUUCCUAGAACAUAUCAUCCCUCGAUUUCUUACUUUUCUUCAGGACGGGGAAGUCCAAUUUCUACAAGAAAAACCAGCACAGCAACUGAGAAAAUUGGUUCUGGAAAUAAUCCACAGAAUACCAACAAAUGAACACCUGCGUCCGCACACCAAAAAUAUCCUCUCUGUGAUGUUCAGAUUUCUAGAGACUGAAAAUGAGGAAAACGUUCUGAUUUGCCUGCGGAUAAUUAUAGAACUGCACAAGCAGUUCCGGCCGCCGAUCACCCAGGAGAUUCAUCAUUUCUUGGAUUUCGUGAAACAGAUUUACAAGGAGCUUCCCAAGGUGGUGAACCGAUACUUCGAGAACCCGCAGGUGGUGCCCGAGAACACGGUCCCGACCCCGGAAAUGGUCGGCAUGAUCACCACCAUCGUUGUCAAAGUGAAUCCGGAACGGGAUGAUGGUGAAACAAGAACGCAUUCCAUAAUUCCCAGAGGUUCCCUCUCCUUGAAAGUGUUGGCCGAGUUGCCGAUCAUCGUCGUCCUGAUGUACCAGCUUUACAAGCUGAACAUUCACAACGUGGUGGCGGAAUUUGUGCCUUUGAUCAUGAACACGAUUAUUAUCCAGGUGUCCACGCAGGCAAGGCAGCACAAACUUUACAACAAGGAACUCUACGCCGACUUCAUCGCCGCGCAAAUCAAAACGUUGUCGUUCUUGGCUUACAUCAUAAGGAUUUAUCAGGAACUGGUGGCAAAGUAUUCCCAGCAGAUGGUGAAGGGAAUGCUGCAGCUGCUGUCGAACUGUCCGGCAGAAACAGCUCACCUGAGGAAAGAGCUUCUCAUUGCCGCGAAACACAUUCUCACCACGGACUUGAGGAGUCAAUUCAUCCCGUGCAUGGACAAAUUGUUCGAUGAAUCUAUCCUGAUCGGCUUGGGGUACACUGCGCGGGAAACUCUGAGACCCCUGGCCUACAGCACGUUGGCAGACCUGGUCCAUCACGUCCGGCAGCACCUCCCCCUCAACGACCUCUCCCUCGCCGUCCAGCUGUUUGCCAAGAACAUCGACGACGAGUCCCUGCCAAGCAGCAUCCAGACCAUGUCUUGCAAGCUCCUGCUGAACCUGGUGGACUGCAUCCGGUCCAAGAGCGAGCAGGAGAACGGCAACGGCAGAGACAUCCUGAUGAGGAUGCUGGAGGUCUUUGUCCUCAAAUUCCACACCAUCGCCCGCUACCAACUGUCCAUCAUUUUUAAGAAGUGCAAGCCACAGUCGGAAGUGGGGGCAGCGGAAGGAGUUUUGCCGGGGGUCCCGGCCGGCGGCAACGCGGCCCCUGUCCCUGUCCCGUCCCCCGCCCCCACCACGCCGGUGGCCUCCAUGGCGGGACCCAUGUUCGAGAAGCAAGGAGAGAAAGAGAAGGAGGAUAAACAGACCUUCCAAGUCACCGAUUGCCGGAGCUUGGUGAAGACGUUGGUCUGCGGCGUCAAGACAAUCACGUGGGGCAUAACUUCUUGCAAGGCGCCAGGCGAAGCACAGUUCAUUCCUAACAAGCAGCUUCAACCGAAAGAAACACAGAUUUAUAUCAAGCUGGUGAAAUACGCAAUGCAGGCUUUGGAUAUUUAUCAGGUUCAGAUAGCUGGAAACGGGCAGACGUAUAUUCGAGUGGCCAACUGUCAGACAGUCCGGAUGAAAGAAGAGAAGGAGGUUCUGGAACACUUCGCCGGGGUCUUCACCAUGAUGAAUCCGUUGACUUUCAAAGAGAUCUUCCAGACGACGGUGCCUUACAUGGUCGAAAGGAUCUCGAAGAACUAUGCCCUUCAGAUCGUCGCCAAUUCCUUCCUGGCCAACCCUUCGACCUCGGCUCUGUUCGCUACGAUUCUGGUGGAGUAUCUUCUGGACCGCCUGCCCGAAAUGGGCUCCAACGUGGAGCUGUCGAACCUGUACCUCAAACUGUUCAAGCUGGUAUUUGGCUCCGUUUCGCUCUUUGCUGCAGAAAACGAACAAAUGCUGAAGCCGCACUUGCACAAGAUAGUAAACAGCUCUAUGGAACUCGCACAGACGGCCAAGGAACCCUACAACUAUUUCUUGCUCCUCCGGGCGCUCUUCCGGUCGAUUGGCGGAGGGAGCCAUGAUCUCCUGUAUCAGGAAUUUCUGCCCUUGUUACCGAACUUACUUCAAGGUCUGAACAUGCUACAGAGCGGCUUGCACAAGCAACAUAUGAAGGAUUUGUUUGUGGAACUGUGCCUCACGGUGCCGGUUCGGCUGAGCUCCCUUCUCCCCUACCUGCCAAUGCUGAUGGAUCCCUUGGUCUCAGCCUUGAAUGGUUCUCAGACGCUGGUCAGCCAGGGCUUGCGGACUCUGGAGUUGUGCGUGGAUAACUUGCAGCCGGACUUCCUGUACGAUCACAUCCAGCCUGUGCGAGCGGAACUGAUGCAGGCCCUGUGGCGGACCCUCCGCAAUCCCGCCGAGACCAUUUCCCACGUCGCGUACCGCGUGCUCGGCAAGUUCGGGGGAAGCAACCGAAAGAUGCUGAAGGAGUCUCAGAAGCUGCAGUACAUCGUGACCGAGAUCCAAGGCCCCAGCAUCACGGCCGAGUUCUCCGACUGCAAAGCAUCCAUCCAGCUCCCCAUGGAGAAGGCCAUCGAGACAGCCUUGGACUGCCUGAAGAGUGCGAAUACGGAGCCGUACUAUCGACGGCAGGCGUGGGAGGUGAUCAAAUGCUUCCUAGUCGCCAUGAUGAGUCUGGAAGACAACAAACACGCCCUGUAUCAACUUCUGGCACAUCCCAAUUUCACUGAGAAGUCCAUCCCCAACAUCAUCAUUUCCCACCGCUACAAAGCACACGACACGCCCGCCCGCCGAACCUUCGAGCAGGCCUUGACGGGGGCGUUCAUGUCGGCCGUCAUCAAAGACCUGCGCCCCAGCGCCCUCCCUUUCGUGGCCAGCUUGAUCCGCCAUUACACCAUGGUGGCGGUCGCCCAGCAGUGUGCGACAUCUGUUGCCGCUGACGUUGUGCUUGCUUCCCCGCUGGCAAAUACUGUAAUUUUGCCUCCUGGAAUAUGGGGAGUUCAAUGGGAUUGGCGUGCAUGUGCUCGCUACGAGGGAAAAACCAAAAAAAAAGACACUUUUCCUCCAUAUUCUCAGGAGAACAUUCCCGAGUGCGGGAGAUGCCCGUUGCCUCCCUUCGGUCAGUUUGAGGAGAUGAAGAUCUGCUCCGCCAUUAUAAACCUGUUCCAUCUGAUCCCGGCUGCUCCCCAGACUUUGGUCAAGCCGUUGCUGGAGGUGGUAAUGAAAACAGAGAGGGCUAUGUUGAUAGAGGCCGGUAGCCCCUUCAGAGAGCCGUUAAUAAAGUUUUUGACGCGGCAUCCCUCCCAGACAGUGGAGCUGUUUAUGAUGGAAGCUACCUUAAAUGACCCACAGUGGAGUAGGAUGUUCAUGAGCUUCUUAAAACACAAGGACGCCAAACCUUUGCGUGACGUCCUGGCGUCGAAUCCAAACCGGUUCAUCGCGUUGCUGUUGCCUGGCGGGACCCAAGCGGCCGUCAGACCCGGGUCUCCGAGCACCAGCACCAUGCGGCUCGACCUUCAGUUCCAAGCUAUCAAAAUCAUCAGCAUCAUCGUGAAGCACGACGAGUGUUGGCUGGCGAACCAGCAUUCCUUGGUGAGCCAGCUGAGGCGUGUGUGGGUCAGUGAAGCUUUUCAAGAGAGGCACCGGAAGGAGAACAUGGCCGCCACCAACUGGAAAGAACCCAAGCUCCUGGCGUUCUGUCUCUUGAACUAUUGCAAGAGAAAUUACGGAGAUAUAGAAUUGCUCUUCCAGCUUCUCCGAGCCUUUACCGGCCGCUUCCUGUGCAACAUGACUUUCUUGAAGGAAUACAUGGAGGAGGAGAUUCCCAAAAACUACACCAUCGCGCAGAAGCGGGCGCUGUUCUUCCGCUUUGUCGACUUCAGUGACCCCAACUUCGGAGACGAGCUCAAAGCCAAGGUUUUGCAGCACAUCCUCAACCCGGCUUUCUUGUAUAGCUUUGAAAAGGGGGAAGGGGAGCAACUCCUGGGGCCCCCCAACCCAGAAGGAGACAAUCCUGAAAGCAUCACCAGCGUGUUCAUCACAAAGGUGCUCGAUCCGGAAAAGCAGGCGGACAUGCUGGACUCUCUCCGGAUUUACCUCCUGCAGUUCGCCACCCUGCUGGUAGAGCACGCUCCGCACCACAUCCACGACAACAACAAGAACCGGAACAGCAAGCUGCGGCGCCUCAUGACCUUCGCUUGGCCGUGCCUGCUCUCCAAGGCGUGCGUGGACCCGGCCUGCAAGUACAGCGGGCAUUUGAUCCUGGCGCACAUCAUCGCCAAGUUCGCCAUCCACAAGAAGAUUGUUUUGCAGGUGUUCCACAGCCUCCUGAAGGCCCAUGCCAUGGAGGCCCGUGCGAUCGUUCGGCAAGCGAUGGCAAUCUUGACGCCGGCGGUGCCCGCCCGCAUGGAAGACGGCCACCAGAUGCUCACUCACUGGACGAGGAAGAUCAUCGUGGAAGAGGGCCACACGGUCCCUCAGCUGGUCCACAUUUUGCAUUUGAUCGUCCAGCAUUUCAAGGUUUAUUUUCCGGUGAGGCACCAUUUAGUCCAGCACAUGGUAAGCGCCAUGCAGAGGCUGGGGUUCACCCCCAGCGUGACCAUCGAGCAAAGGAAACUGGCCGUCGACUUAGCCGAAGUGGUGAUCAAAUGGGAGCUGCAGCGCAUCAAAGACCAGCAGCCGGAUUCGGAUAUGGACCAGAGCACGGGUGGAGAAGGAUCCAGUUCUUCCUCUUCUGCUGUCAAGAGGGGCCUGUCCGUCGAUUCCGGCCAGGAAGUGAAACGGUUCAGAACGGCAACGGGAGCCAUCACCGCGGUGUUCGGGCGCAGCCAGUCGCUGCCGGGGGCCGACGCGCUCCUCUCAAAGCCCAUCGACAAACAACACACAGAUACGGUUGUCAACUUCCUCAUUCGAAUCGCUUGCCAGGUAAAUGACAACUCUAACACGGCCGGCUCUCCCGGAGAACUGCUUUCCCGCCGCUGCGUUAACCUCCUCAAGACAGCUUUACGGCCGGAUAUGUGGCCAAAAUCGGAACUCAAACUGCAGUGGUUCGAUAAACUUCUCAUGACCGUGGAGCAGCCUAACCAGGCCAACUUCGCGAACAUUUGCACCGGGCUGGAGGUUCUCAGCUUCCUUCUGACGGUCCUGCAGUCUUCCGCUAUCCUGAGCAGUUUGAAACCCUUGCAGCGAGGCAUCGCGUCCUGCAUGACCUGUGGAAACACCAAAGUGCUGCGAGCCGUUCACAGCCUCCUCUCUCGCUUGAUGAGCACCUUCCCGACAGAACCAAGCACUUCGAGCGUAGCCUCCAAAUACGAAGAGCUGGAGUGCCUCUACGCCGCCGUCGGGAAGGUUAUUUACGAAGGGCUGACGAACUACGAAAAGGCGACCAACGCAAACCCUUCACAGCUUUUCGGCACUUUAAUGAUUUUGAAGUCGGCGUGCAGCAACAAUCCCAGUUAUAUCGACAGGCUGAUUUCGGUCUUCAUGCGAUCCCUGCAGAAGAUGGUGCGGGAGCACUUAAACCAGCAGGCGCAAGCAGGGCCAGCAGAACCGAACACUGCCGGCACGAGCGAACUGGUCAUGCUGAGUCUGGACCUGGUGAAGACCCGCCUGGCCGUCAUGAGUAUGGAGAUGAGGAAGAACUUCAUCCAAGCCAUCUUGACGUCGCUCAUCGAAAAAUCGAACGACGCCAAAAUCCUCCGGGCGGUGGUGAGGAUAGUGGAAGAGUGGGUGAAAAAUAACUCUCCGACGGCUGCCAGCCAGACACCUACCCUCCGUGAAAAGUCCAUUCUGUUAGUGAAAAUGAUGACCUACAUUGAAAAACGUUUUCCAGAGGACCUUGAAUUAAAUGCCCAGUUCUUAGACCUUGUUAACUAUGUCUAUAGAGACGAAAGCCUCUCGGGGAGCGAGCUGACGGCGAAGCUGGAGCCGGCUUUCCUCUCGGGGCUCCGCUGCCCCCAGCCGCUCAUCCGGGCCAAAUUCUUUGAGGUUUUCGACAACUCGAUGAAGCGCCGAGUCUACGAGCGCCUGCUCUACGUCACCUGCUCUCAGAACUGGGAAGCCAUGGGGAACCACUUUUGGAUUAAGCAGUGCAUCGAGCUCUUGCUGGCUGUGUGCGAAAGGAACACCGCCAUUGGGACGAGCUGCCAGGGAGCCACUCUCCCGUCCAUCACCAACGUCAUCAACCUCGCCGACAGCCACGACCGGGCGGCCUUCGCGAUGGUGUCCCACGUCAAGCAGGAACCACGGGAGAGGGAAAACAGUGAAUCCAAAGAAGAGGAUGUGGAAAUAGACAUCGAGCUGGCCCCCGGCGAUCAAACCAGCACGCCCAAAACCAAAGAGCUGUCUGAGAAGGACAUUGGGAACCAAUUGCACAUGUUGACCAACCGGCACGACAAAUUCCUCGACUCUCUCCGGGAAGUAAAGACCGGAGUCCUGCUCAGCGCCUUCGUCCAGCUGUGCCACAUUUCCACGCCUUUAGCCGAGAAGACCUGGAUCCAGCUGUUCUCCCGCUUGUGGAAAAUCCUCUCCGAUCGCCAGCAGCACGCCCUCGCGGGCGAAAUCAGCCCAUUCCUGUGCAGUGGCAGCCACCAAGUCCAACGCGACUGCCAGCCGAGCGCCCUCAACUGCUUCGUGGAGGCCAUGUCGCAGUGCGUCCCUCCGAUCCCCAUCCGGCCCUGCGUGCUGAAAUACCUGGGCAAGACCCACAACCUCUGGUUCCGCUCGGCCCUCAUGUUGGAGCACCAGGCCUUCGAGAAGGGCCUCAGCCUCCAGAUCAAAUCCAAGCAGACGGCCGAGUUUUACGAGCAAGAAAGCAUCACGCCACCCCAACAGGAAAUACUCGAUUCUCUGGCCGAGCUGUACUCUUUGCUACAAGAAGAGGACAUGUGGGCCGGGUUGUGGCAGAAGCGUUGCAAGUUUCCCGAGACCGCCACCGCGAUUGCGUACGAACAGCACGGCUUCUUCGAGCAGGCGCAAGAAACGUACGAAAAGGCCAUGGAUAAGGCAAAGAAAGAACAUGAGAGAAGCCACGCGUCUCCUGCCGUUUUCCCCGAGUAUCAACUCUGGGAAGACCACUGGAUUCGGUGCUCCAAAGAACUGAAUCAGUGGGAAGCUCUAACAGAGUACGGGCAGUCCAAAGGCCACAUUAAUCCCUACCUGGUUCUGGAGUGUGCGUGGCGGGUCUCGAACUGGACGGCCGUGAAGGAGGCCCUGGUGCAGGUGGAGCUGAGUUGCCCCAAGGAGAUUACGUGGAAGGUCAACAUGUACCGGGGCUACCUGGCCAUCUGUCACCCUGAAGAGCAGCAAUUGAACUACAUUGAACGCUUGGUGGAAAUGGCCAGCGGCUUGGCCAUCCGGGAGUGGCGAAGGCUCCCGUACGUGGUCUCCCACGUUCACACGCCGCUCCUUCAGGCCGCGCAACAGAUCAUCGAACUGCAAGAGGCGGCCCAGAUAAAUGCUGGGCUGCAGCCUGCAAACCUCGGGCGGAACAACAGCCUGCACGACAUGAAGACGGUGGUGAAGACUUGGCGGAACAGGCUGCCGAUCGUGUCCGAUGAUUUGUCUCACUGGAGCAGCAUUUUCAUGUGGCGGCAGCACCACUACCAAGCCAUCGUGAGCGCGUAUGAGAACAGCUCUCAACACGAUCCCAGUUCCAACAACGCCAUGCUGGGCGUCCACGCCUCGGCGUCGGCCAUCAUCCAGUACGGGAAGAUCGCGCGGAAGCAAGGGUUGGUCAACGUCGCCUUGGACAUCCUGAGCCGCAUCCACACCAUCCCGACGGUGCCGAUUGUGGACUGCUUCCAGAAGAUCCGGCAGCAGGUCAAAUGCUACCUGCAGCUGGCCGGAGUGAUGGGGAAAAACGAAUGCAUGCAGGGCCUCGAGGUAAUUGAGUCAACAAACCUGAAGUAUUUUACCAAGGAGAUGACGGCAGAAUUCUAUGCGCUGAAGGGCAUGUUCUUGGCUCAGAUUAACAAGUCCGAAGAAGCCAACAAAGCCUUCUCGGCCGCCGUGCAGAUGCACGACGUUCUGGUGAAAGCGUGGGCGAUGUGGGGGGAUUAUCUGGAGAACAUCUUCGUGAAGGAGCGUCAGCUGCAUCUCGGGGUCUCGGCCAUCACUUGCUACUUGCACGCGUGCCGCCAUCAAAACGAGAGCAAGUCGCGGAAGUAUUUAGCCAAGGUCCUUUGGCUCCUAAGCUUCGACGACGACAAGAACACAUUGGCAGAAGCGAUCGAUAAGUAUUGUGUUGGUGUCCCGCCUAUCCAGUGGCUUGCUUGGAUCCCCCAGCUGUUAACCUGCCUGGUCGGAUCUGAGGGCAAACUCCUUUUGAAUCUCAUCAGUCAGGUUGGCCGAGUGUAUCCCCAAGCGGUCUACUUCCCGAUCCGGACCCUCUACUUAACGCUGAAGAUAGAGCAGCGCGAACGCUACAAAAGCGAUUCUGGACAACAACAGCCUAGUUCCGUGGGAAACCAGUCGCAUUCCGCCUCUGACCCCGGGCCAAUCAGAGCCACGGCUCCGAUGUGGCGCUGCAGCCGAAUCAUGCACAUGCAGCGGGAACUGCACCCCACACUCCUUUCCUCUCUGGAGGGGAUCGUCGACCAAAUGGUGUGGUUCAGAGAAAACUGGCACGAAGAGGUCCUUCGGCAGCUGCAGCAAGGCCUGGCCAAGUGCUACUCGGUCGCCUUUGAGAAAAGCGGCGCCGUGUCCGACGCCAAGAUCACCCCCCACACGCUGAAUUUCGUCAAGAAAUUGGUCAGCACCUUUGGGGUCGGCCUGGAGAACGUCUCCAACGUCUCCACCAUGUUCUCCAGCGCCGCUUCGGAGUCGCUGGCCAGAAGGGCCCAGGCGACUGCGCAGGAUCCCGUCUUUCAGAAGCUCAAGGGCCAGUUCACAACAGAUUUCGACUUCAGCGUCCCGGGCUCCAUGAAGCUCCACAACCUCAUUUCGAAGCUGAAGAAGUGGAUCAAGAUCCUCGAAGCCAAGACCAAGCAGCUGCCCAAGUUCUUCCUGAUCGAGGAGAAGUGUCGCUUCCUCAGCAACUUCUCGGCCCAGACGGCCGAGGUGGAGAUCCCCGGCGAGUUCCUCAUGCCGAAGCCGACGCACUAUUACAUCAAGAUCGCACGGUUUAUGCCCAGAGUGGAGAUUGUGCAAAAACACAACACCGCCGCCCGGCGACUCUACAUCCGAGGCCACAACGGGAAGAUCUACCCGUAUCUGGUCAUGAACGACGCUUGCCUGACCGAGUCGCGCCGGGAAGAGCGGGUUCUCCAGCUCCUUCGCCUUCUGAACCCCUGCUUAGAGAAGCGGAAAGAAACAACCAAGAGGCACCUGUUUUUCACAGUUCCCCGGGUCGUGGCUGUCUCGCCGCAGAUGCGCUUGGUCGAAGACAACCCCUCCUCCCUCUCCCUGGUGGAGAUCUACAAGCAACGCUGCACGAAGAAGGGCAUCGAACACGACAGCCCCAUUUCCCGUUACUACGACCGGCUGGCGACCGUCCAGGCCCGAGGGACCCAAGCCAGCCAUCAGGUUCUCCGUGACAUUUUGAAAGAGGUGCAGGGAAACAUGGUGCCGCGCAGCAUGCUGAAAGAGUGGGCGUUACACACCUUUCCCAACGCCACCGACUACUGGACGUUCCGAAAGAUGUUCACCAUUCAGUUGGCCUUGAUCGGCUUUGCCGAGUUCGUCUUCCACUUGAACAGGCUCAACCCCGAGAUGUUGCAGAUUGCUCAGGACACGGGCAAGCUGAACGUGGCCUACUUCCGCUUUGACAUAAACGACGCCACUGGAGACCUAGAUGCCAACCGCCCCGUCCCGUUCCGCCUCACGCCCAAUAUUUCUGAAUUCCUCACCACCAUCGGCGUCUCCGGCCCCCUGACGGCGUCCAUGAUCGCGGUCGCUCGCUGCUUCGCGCAGCCAAACUUUAAGGUCGACGGCAUCUUGAAGACCGUGCUGCGAGACGAGAUAAUCGCUUGGCACAAGAAGACGCAGGAGGAUACCUCGUCCCCGCUCUCGGCUGCCGGGCAGCCGGAGAACAUGGACAGCCAGCAACUGGUCUCGCUGGUCCAGAAAGCCGUAACCGCGAUCAUGACCCGGUUGCAUAACCUGGCGCAGUUUGAAGGUGGGGAGAGCAAAGUCAAUACGCUGGUAGCCGCGGCCAAUAGCCUUGACAAUCUCUGUCGCAUGGAUCCGGCCUGGCACCCAUGGCUCUAACCCCAGAGAGGGGGGGGGGGACGCUUUUCAGUUCAUGAAGCUCUUGCAGUGUAAUGAUGGUGGGGGAUGGGGGAAAGAAAGGAAAAUGUGAACAAUAUUCAACCUCCGUCUCCCCCUACUUCCACCCCCGAACCCUCUGGGCCACCGUCACCUUCGGCAUGAUCAUGUUUACAGAAGUACUGCUGUUUUUUAAAGACCCUUUCGGCGCAAUUUCGUGUGGUCGUUACGCAAGGGUGGGGUUUUUUUUAAAACGACCGCUGGAAAUCGGGGAAGGGGGGAACUUCAAAUCCCGCACAGACGAAGUCUCGCUUUAUGCCAGACGUGGAAGAUAUUGACGCUACCUUGCCAACUGAAAAAAAAUUGACCUUCUCUGAGCUUCCUACGUACUUUUUAUACACCUUGAAGAAAACAAGUUGCUGUAUGUUGAGGACUGCCUGUUUGAACGCCUUUUGAUAUUAAGAAGAAAAAUUUUCCUCCUUUUGCCUUCACGUUGGUACCGAGAUGACUCGAAUAGUAUUUUAAUCCUUGUGGAAACAUAUGUGAGCUACCACGAGCGUGUACAGAGUUCGUUUGUUUUGUACCCUUGUAUAGAAGAGCCCUGUGUCUUUGCUAUUGAAUAAAUGAUCCCAUUGUGUCAGGAUUUCUUUUUUUUCCCCGGGGGGGGAGGGGUGGCAAUCUGUACAGUAAAAAACGGACCCUGUUUUUGAUGUCUAGUUUAGUAAUUUACCUAUGCAUAAAAAAGGGACAUUAUAAAAUUGUCACCAGGAGAUGGAACCAGUUCAAGGCAAAUUUUUUAAAAAGUAUAAGAUAUGCUGGUGAUAUUUUUUUUGGAGCUUUGACACCUUUAAAAGUAUAUCGAUAAAAGUAGGUUAUUGAGAAAAAGAUUUUUUUUUAGCUUUUACCUUUGUAAAUUAAAACAGAAAGAUAUGAAAUGGCUUUUAUUUGAGUCCAUGUUCGUGUUUUUUUUAUAUGUAUAAACCUGACUGUGUUGAGAACGUUCUAGUUAAAAUUUGUACAGGGUGACUUUUUUCAAAAUAAAUAUUUUCUAAAAUGCU